UUAUGAAUAUGCGGGAGUUACGGAAGACGGCAAGCGGGUGAUAGGUGUAUUGCCAUUAGGGGCUCUAUCUACGAUGGUUAACGCGGAUUCGACUCUUAUUUGGGUUAUACCGGAUAGUUGGAAUGCACAGGAUGCUUGCACAAUUCCAAUUGUAUAUACCACGGUUUUGGCAGCAUUUAAACUAAACGCUAAUGUGAAGAAAGGGCAGUCGGUAUUAAUCCAUGCAGGAAGCGGAGGUGUUGGGUUAGCUGCAAUCAACCUUGCGCUUGCAUAUGGAAUGGAGGUAUUCACAACUGUUGGAUCCGAUGAGAAGGUCAAUUACCUGUUGAACGAGUUUCCUUCUCUAAAACGAGAAAACAUAGGAAAUUCGAGAGAUUUAUCAUUUGAACAAAUGAUCAAAUUAAGAACCAAUGGAAGAGGAGUGGACUACGUGUUGAACUCGUUAGCUGACGAGAAACUGCAGGCGUCUGUGAGAUGCUUGGCGAAAGGCGGACAUUUUCUAGAAAUCGGAAAAUAUGAUAUGGCAAGAGAUUCGCAACUAUCAUUGGAGCUCUUUAAAAAGGGAAUAUCAUUCACAAGUGUGAUGUUGGAUUCGGCAAUCAGAGAUAAUUAUACUCUAAAAUUGAGCUUACAUAAAUUAUUGGAUGAAGCAAUCAAGUCUGGUAUAGUGAAACCACUGAAAACCAACGUUUUCGAUGCUGCUGAUUUGGAGAAGGCAAUGAGAUUUUUGGCGAGUGGAAAACAUAUGGGCAAAAUAGUGAUCAAACUGCGUGAACAUGAGAAUGACGCUGAAACACUUCCAAUUACACAUUUUCCACACGUCUUCUGUAAUCCAGAUCAAGUUUACGUAAUCGUUGGCGGCUUAGGUGGUUUUGGUCUGGAAUUGGCGGAUUGGCUUGUCCUUCGUGGGUGCAGGAAGCUGGUACUCAGCUCUAGUCGAGGUAUCACCAAGCCAUAUCAGGAAUACAGAAUUAAAAUAUGGAAUAGUUAUGGCGUUCAUACUCAUAUCUGUACUGCCGAUGUUACCACAAUGGACGGUUGUCGUGUCCUCUUGAAAGAAGCUUCUCGGUUCGGUUCUGUAACGGCUAUCUACAACUUAGCAGUGCAGCUUCGAGAUGCCAUAUUGGAGAAUCAGACUGUGGACAAGUUCGUGGAGUGUAUGGCACCUAAGGCUACUGCAACUGAAUACCUUGACAAGGUCAGUCGUGAGAUGUGUCCUCAUCUGAAGCACUUCAUAGUGUUCUCCAGUGUUUCCUGUGGUCGCGGUAACGCAGGACAGAGCAACUAUGGUAUGGCAAACUCUGUGAUGGAGCGUAUAAUUGAACGGAGAAACGCGGACGGCCUUCCCGGAAAGGCGAUUCAAUGAGCUAUCGGUGAGGUUGGACUUGUAGCAGAUAUGGCAGAAGAUAAGAUCGAUUUGGAAAUCGGAGGAACGUUGCAACAGCGCAUAUCAUCAUGUCUUCAUGAGAUGGAUUACUUGCUGACAUGUGAAGCUCCUCUUGUGGCCAGUAUGGUGGUUGCGGAAAAACGAACUGCAAGCGGAUCAAAGAAUGUCAUCGAAGCUGUCAUGAACAUAAUGAGUAUAAGAGAUCUGAAAUCGGUGUCGAUGGAGAGUACUUUGGCCGAUAUUGGAAUGGACUCUUUGAUGGCAGUAGAAAUCAAACAGGUACUGGAAAGAGACUUCGACAUGGUACUGUCCCCGCAAGAUCUGAGAACAUUAUCCUUUGCUAAGUUGUUGAAAAUGGAUGAAGAGAAAAAGCAAGCUGCUAAAGAUCAGGAGGAAAAGAAGAGUGAAGGAUUUGUGAUUGGAAUGCAAAUGUUGUUGAGAAAUCUUGGCAACGAAGAAACGAGUGAAUCGACGUUAUUGCGUUUACCUUCCGCUGAUCAAGAAGGCCGUUCACUUUUAUUCAUUCCAGGUGUUGAAGGCGUGGCCGGUAAUGUUUGGAAAGCAAUUGCUGCACAGAUAAAGUCUCCUGUUUACAUGCUACAGCUAUCGAACACUUUAGAUUGUGAUAGCAUCCCAGAUAUCAUAGAACGCAUCAUAGAUGAGAUCUGUGAAACAAUGUUCAAUGGUUUUGAAGAUAUUACAAUAGUUGCUUAUUCAUUUGGAGCUCUGAUUGCAAUCGAAAUAGCUCGAUAUUUACAGGCAAAAGGUAUACGUGGAGAACUUUUACUAUUGGAUGGUGCACCGAAGUACUUGAAGCAAUGGUCACUGAAACAACUGAAUAAUAAUCCAUCGGAUGGAGAAAUACAGAAGCUCAUAUUACUUGUUUUGAUCGCCAUGGUGUUCCCAGAUCAGCCACCGGAGAAAGCCAUGGCUGUAUUGGAGAUUACGUCAUUCGACGACCAAAUUGAGAAACUCAUCGAAUUGGGAGCAGAGCAGAGCGAAUAUUCACCAGAGUACACAAGAAAGAUGACGAAAGCCCUCUGCAGGAGAAUCAAAAUGGCGGCUCUGAUGAACCUGGAUGAAGAUCAACCGUUGGACCUUCCGAUAACGCUGGUUAGACCAACCGAUGCCGUUUUCUCGGAUAUUGAGGAUGACUACGGGCUGUCAAGUUAUACCACAGGAGCUAUAACACUACGAAUGGUCGAAGGCAAUCAUGUAUCUAUGUUGGAAAAUGCCGAUCUAAUAGGAAUGAUCAAUAAUUUCAGUUGUCAGAAUAAUCGUGCGGGUUAAAUGCUAACUACCUUCUGAAGUUGUGUUUUUUAUAUCUGAAAAUGUUGUGCUAUACCGUAGGGCUUGGUAGAAUAGUAUCUCUCUGUAGCGUAAAUGUUCCAAUAGUGAAAAUUCAAGAAGGACAAUAAACGUGCUUGUGUUUU